AUGAGUGAAAUAGUGGAGAAAAAAAAAUGCGGAAGAAAAGCUGCAGUUUCUAUGGAGAAAAUAGAAGAAGUGUUAACAAGUAAUGAGAUUAAAAUUUUAGACGAAAAUGAACAAGUGUUAAAAGAAAAAAAUGACGGUUGGGAAAAGGCGUUCGAUUUAUUGAAGCCGUAUGGUGAAACGAGUCACCACAAUUUAUAUUUAAAAUUAAGAUUAAAACUUAAAACGGAUAAAAAGAUGUUGGAACGUUUAAAACCCUUCUGUACCGUGGCAAAUCCAACGAAGAAAAUUAAAAUGAGUAAUGAAACAGAACAAAUCGAAGAAGAAAAUAAACAGUCAAAUGGACAGUCAAAUGGAGUAAUAAUUAAUUGUGAUUGUGAUUAUGAUGAUAUGGGAGCCUUGCACUCUCUCAAAGGAAAUGUCGAGUUUUAUGCAAUGAUACAUGAAAUAUCCUUAAGUCCUUUCCAUGUCAUAUAUUUUUGGCCUGAACAAGUAUCAACAAUAUAUAAAAAUGAAUGUGAAGCAAUACAAGUGAUUUGUACAGAAUUGAUUGACAUACAACCCUUUGAAACGCAAUUCUACAAAAGUAGUGGCAUUCUCCAAGUAUCAAUAGUUGGACUUAUUGAUGACUCCUGCAUAACACCCCUUUACCAAGUAAUAACAGAGCAGAGAAGCAAUAAUUUCAUAAAUUACAUUUUAUGCGAAUGGUUCAAGACAGGCUUUGAUCCUCCAAGUGAAUUAAUCGUGCCGCCUAACGUUGCUUUCAUUGAGGGAGCAAUAAGUGCACUGAAUAGUAACUACAGCAUUGAGAAAUAUAUUGAUGAAAUCAUUAAUCAUGUGAAAGUGAAUAGUGAUCUACCAGCUUGUCACAUAAGAGCUAAUUUUCUACCAGUUAUAACAUACAUUUUAAAAUAUUUUGAAAAUGACCAUGCAUUAAUUGGAGAACUCUACUCAAAAGUUUUUAUUCUAAUGCUAAUAACUACAAACAUUGAGGAGCUAUGGGUGAUAAUAAAAAAAACAUUUGUUGUAUCAAGUACUCCAUUAAAAAAUCAAGAAGUGACAAAUUCAAUUCAGUCUUUAUUUAACAUGAUAAAAGAUAAUGCAUUAGUUGACGACAUUUUCAAGUUAUGUGGGUGCAAUACUUCUCGUUAUGACUCUGAAAUUGACUCAAUGUUAACCAAAAUCAGUUGUACAAAAAUGGAAGAUUUGAUAAACAGUCUAGUGAUAUGUGAAUCAGAAUCAACAGUUGAUGAUUUUCAGUAUUUACCUAAUUCUUAUUGUAAUGAAGAAUUCAGUGUGUUAUUCAAAAAUGUACUUACUUUCUUACCAUUUUUCUUUAUGCAUCAUAAAAGUGAAUAUGAUGUAAGAAAACAUGUGGAAAAGCUUGACCUCAAGUCAAAAUAUUAUUCACUUUUAAAAGAUGAGAUUGAUAGUAACGCAUUAAAAAUUCAGAAUUUAUCAAUACGAGUAGACAAAUUUAUCAUACACCACUCAAACCUCAUCAAGUCACUUUCUGAAGUAUGCAGAGAAAGAUUAGCAGUGACAUCAAAAUCUAAAAACUCCAAAAAUUAUGCUAAAAGAACAGAUGUCAAAUUCAAUGCUUACUCAUAUUUGAAUUUAUGUGAAAACUGGGGAGGCCAUGGAGAGGAAAAGCAAAUUCCAGAUAAAUUUCAGGAUGAUGCUUCAUUAGAUUUGUCAGUUAUAAGAAUCACUGAACUGCUAGAUAAAUCAGAUAACAAACAGAAGGAGGUGGUUGGAGAAGAUGGUGCUGAAAAUGACGAAGAUCUCUCGAUUGUCAUCGAGAGAUCUUAUUUUAAUUUAGAUAAAGAUGAUCUAAUUGAAAAAAAUUAUAAUAAAAUAAUAAUAAUUGAAAUGUUGAGUAGAAGAACAAAUUUAUUCCAUGAUCAUAUUGUACAGAUUGAUAUCAAUAUGUGCGAUCAAAAAAGUUUAACGAGAACGUAUCAUAUAGAACAAUGUUUAUUAUUAAUUUAUAAUUAG